UCCUCUUCCUCUCUCUCCUUUCUUGUUCGGCUCUUCCCCUCACCAAUCAAUCACAAGCCCCCAGCAUCGUGGACACUGGCGCUGCAGUUUUCAGGGUUGGCAGAAGCUACGUCUGAGGUCCACGAGACAAGGAGUGCGGACGCGGACCGUGGAGGCGACGGCGGCGGCUGAGCUACGUCUGACUGAGGCACCGCCGCCGUUGGCUGCGGCAGGCGCGAUGGAGGGACUCGGUGGAUUUAAUCCACUCAGAGCCAGCCUCUGGCCACCGGCGCCCGCCCGGCGGCCACUCGCCCUGCCUCCGAGGCUCCGUUAUUCUUCCCAUCCAUCCCAGAUUGAGGCGGAGAUGCCGCUGAGAGAAUUUUGCCCCAGGAGAAUGCAGGAGAUUCUUGCUGCGGUAUGUACAACAUGACCAUGUGGAUAAUGGUUAUGAACACAAGAACUGUAUGUCUUUCUUCUUAGCUUUCAACUCUCAGAUAUGACUUUACUAUUGUCGAUAUGUCGUUCUUUUUUUUCUUUUGUUGGGCUGUUCGUGUUUGGCUGUGUGCAUCCUAACUAUGCAGAGGCCGGGUGUUGCUCAUCAUGCUUUGUAUCCGCUUGAUGCUACAUUUUGAGUUAAUAAAAGCACCCUUUAUCGGAAAAAAAAACUCUCGAAUGUCACAAGCAAACACAUUCUUGUAGUAGUCACGACAUCAGCAGUACAUCAUAACCUCACAAGCUAGAUGGAUACUUGGAUAUGGAUGAAAAUGAUGCAGGGAUGAUGAAUAUACCACAAAGGCUCCCCCCCCCUUGCUUGUGUGCUGGAAAGAGAUACGUUGUUGUCCGUUAGCGGCUUGGAGGAGGAUUAACAUACCUAACCAACAAGUGAUGUUGAUUGCAGUUCUUUGACUUCUCUACUCUGGUAUGGCCAAUGAUGAUAUUUGAAUUUAGACUUCAUUUUCUUAUUGGCUUAAUGUGCCUUGCUUUCUGAUUUCUAGUAAACCACUAAACAUAUUAAUUACGUUAGCCCAUGAAUAACAACGAGUAGAAAAUACUCACUCCGUUUGGAAGUGUACGGCGCAGUUUGACUGUCAAGUGAAAGCUCUGACCAGCAAUCAGUACCGCAGUGUGAACACAAAGUUGAUACCUUAUGCCAUACAUUUACAAACAUGGGGAGUAUAUUUUUUGUCUUGACUCAAUGCAUUGAGCACCGAUUGAUAAUUUGUUGUUUUACUUUUGAAUUUUUAUAUACAUUGUUGUCAGGUCGCUUUCAUACGCGAGCCUUCCAGUUCAUAAGCUAAGGUGCACUACUCUAAAGGAAGUUAGCCUAUCAAAGGACUUGUUCUCGAAACAAUUAAUGAAUAAGGAGCCAACUUACAAAAUGUUGCUAUCAGGAUGAUGGCACACUGAUAUCAAUAUCUGCUAGUUGUUGAUACUUAUUGACUUCAAUAGCCUCAUUGUACAUGGCACCUAAUCUUUUAUUUUUCUACUUCAUCAUUGCUCAAUGUCUUUUGUAAUGCCCAAAUUUUUAGUUAGUAGGAAUUAUGAACAAUGGGAGUCAAAUUAUUGUUGAUAGUUUAUAAAAUGGAAGUCAAAUUAGUGUUGAUAGUUGGUAACAAUGGAAUUAAAUAUUUAAGAAUGUUUGAUUAAUCCUGUUGAUGCUGUCACUCCUUUGAAUAUGGAUAUCACCUGCUUAUUUAUACCCCUCUUAUGGUCAGGGAUGCUAUGGGCAGGCAGAAAGGAAGUGAUUAGGAGGAAUAAGAAGCACCAUGGCACUUGUAGGCUUCGUGGAUUGGAGGGGAAAUGCCAUCAGGAAAGAGGUGCAUGGUGGAGUCAGAGCAGCAUGGUUCUUGUACGUUCUGACUGUGGUAACCAACGUGGUUAUUAUCCCAAACCUGCUGAAUCUGGUUACUUAUCUUCAUGGAACAAUGCAUAUGGGGGUCUCGGCCUCUGCAACUACAACCACUAAUUUUUUUGGUGCCACAUCCGGGUUUGCAAUGAUAGCAGCUUUCCUCUCCGACUCCUACAUUACUCGCUUUAGAACUAUGCUCCUCUUUGGUCCAUUUAUGUUUCUGGGUUAUGGAUUGCUCGCACUGCAAGCCUACCUUCCUUCACUCCGUCCACCAGCUUGCAACAUUGAAGCAGAGCUAAACAGCUGCGAAGUGGUCCAUGGAUGGAAUGCUACCUUAUUGUACACAGCCUUGUAUAUGACUGCAUUUGGUGAUGGUUUUAUCCGUGUUUGCUUGCCAUCCCUCGGAGCAGACCAAUUUGACCAUGAAGAUCCCUCUGAGUCCCGCCAACAGUCCAGCUUCUUUAACUGGUAUACCUUCGGAAUCUCCUUUGGAGGUUUUGUAGGGCUUAUUCUCAUAGUGUGGCUCGAGAACUACAAAGGGUGGGAUAUCGGACUUGGGGUGUGUGCCAUCCUAAUUCUGCUAGGAUUGCUCAUAGUUGCUGCCGGUUUUCCCUUCUACCGCAACCAAGUACCACAAGGAAGUCCUCUAACUCGAAUACUGCAGGUUCUUGUGGUUGCAUUUAGGAACAGGAAACUUGAACUUCCUGAAAAACUGGAGGAAGCGACGGAAAGCUGCACUGGGACAAGGGCAUGUUCUGUUGAUGCACUCGCUCCAACAAAUAGUCUGAAAUUCCUCGACAAAGCUUGCAUCAACCGUGGCCAAAGUGGAGCCUGGUCAGUUAGCAGUCUGAGAAAGGUGGAGGAGACAAAAGUUAUCCUCCAUGUGCUUCCUCUCUUCGUCAGCUCCAUGAUCGGAUAUAUAUCGAACGUUAUCCUCUUCACAUUCACUGUGCAGCAAGGCACCAUGACGAACACAAGGCUGGGCAAGAUCCAUGUUUCCCCCGCGACACUCUUUAUCAUCCCCAUCAUAUUCCAGAUGCUAAUGCUUGCUGUCUAUGACCAGUUCCUUGUGCCAUUCUUGCGUAGACGCACAGGCUAUGUCGGUGGUGUCACUCAUUUGCAACGCAUUGGUAUUGGGUUUGUCACCAUGCUACUUGCGUCAGUCAUUGCAGCAAUUGUUGAGAGGAAGAGAAAGGAAGCUGUGGUGCAGAUGUCCCUCUUCUGGCUUGCACCUCAAUUCUUUCUUCUUGGUGUGGCAGAUGUGACAUCAUUCACCGGGCUCCUUGAGUUCUUCAACAGCGAGGCACCACGCGGCAUGAAGUCUAUUGCCACAGCGUUGUUCUGGUGUGCUCUGGGGCUCGCGUCCUUGCUGGCCACAACGCUGGUGGAAAUUGUGAACAAGGCCACAAGGCAUAGGCGCCAGGGAGGCUGGCUCGAGGGUACAAGCUUGAACAACAGCCGUCUUGACCUGUUCUACUGGGUUGUGGCUGUUGUCGGAUUGCUUGGCUUCUGCAACUAUCUGUACUGGGCCAAGAAGUAUGUGUACCAGCACAAUCCACACAUCGUUGAGACAUCGGUUGAUCAGGAUUCGCCUUGAAAUAUUGCAUACCCGUUGUUUUUACUUGAGUACAAAUGUAACAUGUAUGAUUCACCAUAACAUGGAUCAGUUAAGUUUGCAAAGCAAUGUAGAAGCCUGUAACCGGUGUUCUGCUC